GGUCGCUAUAGUUACUGCUGCUGCAGCUGGCUGGUGGUUGCUAUGGUUAUGUUCACUGUGGUUGCUGACAUCACAGUUGAUGUGUGUGUGUGUGCAGAUAUGGGUACGGGGCUGUACGGAGCGUCUAAAGCCAUCGCCGUCAGUGACCUCAUCACCACGGUAACGCCUGAGAGGAGGACAGAGGAGAGGAAGUCGGAGCAAGUUGAGGAGGUGCUGGUGAUGGAGGAGGAGGUGCAGAGGGUGGAGGUAGAUAAAGAGGAGGUGCAGCAGCAGGAUGAGGAAGAGGAGGAGCAGACCAGAGUGACAGAGAUUUCUCAGCACAGUCCUCCAACUCCUCAGAGACAGGACACCAAGACCGAGGUGACCGACACCGCGGUGGACGGAGACCUGACGGCGACGGAGUCUGAUCAGGAUGAAGACCUGAAAACACAGGAGACGUUGGGGAGUCCAGAGGAGGAGCAGAAACCUCAGAGCACCAUCAGCGCUCUCAGGCGUUCCUUCUUAGAGGGGGGAGGAGGAGGAGGAGGAAUGACAGAGUGGGAGAAACGUCUCGCCUCCUCGCCACUACGUCGAGUCGACGACUCCCCGAUGAUUGAACCUCUGGAACCAGACGAGGCCCUCCCAUUGGACAGCAGCUCAACAGCGGGGGGCGUAGUCAUAACAAACCGAGCUCCUCCUCAGCCAAUCAGGGAGAAGACCUACACUGUGGGGAGAUGCUACGACACCGCCUCUGGCAGGGUCAUCACCAUGACGACCACGGAUGACCACUCUGAUGUUACCAUGAUGACAGGAAGUAUUGAGACGAGCGGGCAGGUCAGAAUCAUCCCGUUGUCCACCACUGAUGAUGUCAUCACAGGGGGACCGUUGAUCACGAUUCGUGAGGUGAAAACACCAACCUCCCCGUCUGAGCCACCUUCAGCGAUCUGUGACUUCACCAGUGAUGUCAUCUGUGCGGAUGACACCAGAAGAGGCGGAUCUAGAAGUCUGGACCUCCAUGGGGGCGGAGCCUCUCUGAUCUCACCACUGACGCCCCUCCUCCUUCCUAAAUCCCCCCUGGGCGAGCUGAACCUUAGCCCCACCCUCACGCCAGGCCCCCUGACUGGCAGGACAUCGCCCUCCAUGGCCAGAGUGGUGGAGCUCAGGUGGAGCUCAGGAGGAGAGCAGGUGGAGAGCAGGUGGAGCUCAGGAGGAGAGCAGGAGGAGAGCAAGUGUAAAGCAGGUGGAGCUCAGGUGGAGAGCAGGUGGAGAGCAGGUGGAGCUCAGGAGGAGAGCAGGUGGAGCUCAAGUGGAGCUCAGGAGGAGUUCAGGUGGAGAGCAGAUGGAAAGCAGGUGGAGAGCAGGAGGAGUUCAGGUGGAGAGCAGGAGGAGAGGAGUGAGACCGUGGCCAGCAGGAGGCGGUGCUUCUCCUUCUGCAGUGAGACCGUGGCCAGCAGGAGGCAGUGUGGAGCUGCAGUGUUCACUUUGAACUUCCCUCAGCUUCUCCCUUCACCUCCUCCCAGACGCCAUUUUGUUUCUCCUCCUCUCAUCAACGAGCAGCCUAAACCUACAUUCGAUGAAAUGUCUCCUGAGCUGAACGCUCUGCUGAAGUCCGCCAGGGAACAAAAAACCUUUAGAGAACACAACCUGCUAAAGACGUCAGAGAAGGUGGAGACAGUCUUCUUAAUGAAGGAGCCGUGUGACCAGGACCAGCCAAUGGUGGACCAGCCUCAGGUAGCAGGAAAUCUUGUAGGCCCACCUCCUGUUAACCCCCCGCCCCCUCCACCAGGGACCUGCAUGACGCAUGCUGAUGAUGUCACAUGGGAAUGGGCCACUGAUGAUGACAGUAUCAAUGCUAAUGAUGCAAACAAGGUUAAUAGUCCAGCAGAUAAACAUGAAGUCAGUGAUGAUGAUAUCAGCGAGGACGAGCCUAGUAGCCAGGCCAGUGAAGAUGAUGCCAGCGAUGCUAGCGAAGAUGCUAUCAGUGUGUUAGCUCAGGUAGCAGUGGAGGAAGCCAUGGAGGCUGCAGUCAGACAGGCUCAGAGCCCGGGCGCUGAUGAUGUUAAUCAGGAUAGCAUUAAUGCUAAUUUUGCAGUUAGCCAGAGUGAGCAGGAGCUAACUAGCAUGGAGGCUAACAAGACUAACAACAGCCCCUGCACCAGACCCUGUUCUGUUCUGGGCUCUCGACCCACUGGGAGUCUGUCUCAGUGUUACCAUCACGAUGAGUUCUCCGACGCCUCUGACGAGGACGAGGGAGAGUGGCGGUUCGGAGAAAACUCCCCUCCUCCUUCUUUACGCCGCCAGACCUCUGGGCGCUCCCCCUGCUCAGCCAGUCAGAGGCAGCCAUCUGACCACAGUGAUGACGACGAUGAUGAUGAGUCCAAUACACUGCAAGAGGAGGUCCCAAUGAUGAGAAAGACACUCACAUAUGAAGCUCCAGGGACGCGGGUAGACUCUGAUCCUCCUGCAGGUUUGCUGCUGAGCUCCCAGACCUUCACUGCAGAGACCUCCAACACCACCACCACCACACACAUCACCAAGACAGUGAAAGGAGGGAUUUCAGAAACCAGAAUCGAGAAGAGGAUCGUGAUUUCUGGAGACACAGAAAUCGACCAUGACCAGGACUGAAUGUAGAAGACUGUGCUGGAUCAUGGGAGGUGUAGUCCAGAGCCAACAAUGUCACUGUUUCCAGCAACACCCAGUGGACUUUACACACAUGCAUGUACACCUGUAUACACACACACACACACACACACACACACACACACACACACAC